AUGAUCGAUAAAAGUUAUUAACAUAACAUUUCCUAUGAUUCCUAAGUAACAUUGCCUCCAAGGAAUAAACAAUUCUCUCCUGUUAUCACACAACUUAUGAGGAAGGAUAAAGAGAUUGAAUAAAUGCGGGAUGAAUUAUCAUAAUAGAAUUAUUUGAUUGAUGAGUUAUCUCAAUAAAUUCAUUUCCUUGAACACUAACUUAGAGAUAAUGAAGGAUUCAAAGAAAAGUAUCAAUCAUUAACAGAUGAUCAAAAUUAACAACAAAAAGAUGUUCAAAAAUAAAAAGUAUCCGUUCAGACAACCACAGCCAAAGAAAUUCUGAAUGUAUUUCUGGAAUAAGAGAAACGAGGAGAGGACAUUGCGCAAUUUUAAUGCAUUGAGACUGCAUAAUAUUUUAAAUCAGAAUUAUAAGAAUCUGUCAAUAGAGAACUAGAAUAUAAGGAAAUAUUAGACAACUUUAUUAAACAGUGCACUCAAAUGAAUGAAUAAAUUAUUUCUAAGAAUUAACAAAUACUUUAAUUGACUUUAGAAAAACAAGAAGAAAUACUCUCCUAACUCAUCAAAAAAGAAGAUGAAUUGUUAUUUUACAAAGAAAAAAAUAGAGUUUUCUAUGAAUUAUUGUAAUGUAAUAUGGAUAUCAACAAGUUAUAUUAAAAACAGCACUAAGGAUUGAGAUAAGCAUUAAAAGGAUGUUGGACCAUCAAUCUGGACUAAUCCUAAUAAAUUGAAUAACUGAUUAAAUUAUUGGAUUAUUCGCAUCAAGAAUGCAAUUCCCUUUCAUUCAAACCAAUAUUAGAUCAAAUCAAAUACCAAAAUAAUCAAAAUUAUUCCACUAAAAGGAUAUCUUAAUUAGAACUAUUUAUAGAUCAAGUAUGUUAAGUGGAGGGGAAUACUGCCUUUGAUAAGGUUUAGAAUAUUAUCAUUCAAUUAGAUUAGUAUCAAUAAAUAUAUUAAAAUGUGUAGGAUGAAAAGUAGGAAAUAAUUGAGGAGCUUUAAUUUUAUAAAAAUAAACUAAUGGAAUAAGACGAAACAAUCAAAGAGUUUGAGAAGUUGUUAACUGAGAUGGAAGCUAACUUUCAUUAAUAACUAUAAACUCAAACUCUUUAGUUAAAUGAAAUCAAUCAAAAAAAUGAAUUGAUAGCUCAUUAUUAAUUAAUCUUAGAUGAUUACAAGUCAUAACUAACCUAAAAAUUGGAUUAAAAAAAAAUUAAUGAAUAACAAGGCCAAAAUUUAAAAGAAUAAUAGCUGGAAGAAAUUCUAAGAAUAAUUACCAUUAUUCUCUAGGGUUAUAAUACAUUGACAAAUGAUUAUCAACUCAAUAUUGAUAUUAACGGAAUCAAUGUGAAUAAGUAUAUUAUAUGAGUAUAUAGGAAAGUACAUAUUGAUAUCAAUCCAGUCAUCCACAACUAUAUAAACAAAAUACAAUAACAAGUGAAUAGUUAGUUUAUGAUCACAGGCAAAAACUAUUAUGAAUUAACCAAUCAUAUUGUAAAUUGCCUAUAAGUAAUGAAGCAACAACUACCUCAACAUCAUUUGAAGGUAAGAGAUUGAUUAAUAAUUUAUUUAAGAACUUUAUGAACAAUGGAAGCAUUGAAUACAUAGAAAAAUUUAAUCAAAUUAGUUAUUGCUAUUUCGUAAAGCAAGAAAAACUUACUAGUUCUGAAAAGGAUCUGUAUAGAAAAUAUUACACUUACAUCCCGAGAUUGUUGGGUGAACUUAUCGAAAACUAGACAUAAACUUUUAUUAGACUACUUAGAGAGAAAGUUUAUAAUAGCAUUCUAUGUGAUCCGAUUGUUUCAAAUAAAUCAUUUUAAUAAUGA